AGCGAAUCCAGAGCAUCUUGUCACUUGUCUAUAUUAUAAGUCCAGGUUUUGUAACUGGUCGUCGAUCGAUCACUGCAGCCACUCCACCGGAUCGCCGCGCCGGCGGUGGAUCGGGCCUUUUUGGUGGCAGACGCGCCGACACUUGGACCAGCUGCGAUGUCACCGCCGGGCAAAGCCUGGGGCACAGCCAACCACAAGCAGGGUGCAAUUCUCCCGGUGUUGUCUCUCGUCUUCAAGUGGAACCGACUUGAUUCAUCCUCAACAGCGCAGAACAACAGUAAUCAGUAAUGAUUGGUGGAUCCCGUCAUGACCAUGCGGCAUGCAACCUUGUGUCUGCAUGCAGGUAGGUUAUCAGUGCUGACAGACUAGAACGGCGCCAAUGCCUUGCUAUAUCUUAUGAUCAACGUCCACAGCGUCCUCUUCAACCUCCGACCUCAUUGACUUACAAGUGUGAUACGCAGACUGCCAUACAAUCCAACCCAGCAUGGCUUCCUCAACACCACGACCACAACCCACCACCCUCCCAUUCAACCUCACCAAACCCGACACCAACACUACGACCAACACCACGACCACCACAAACCCCCAAACCAUCCCCCACCUCCCAACCCCAAAACUCCUCCUCCAAAUCCACGACCUCCGCAACCCCGCCUCAACAACCUUCCUCACCCUCAUCCCAAACCUAGCCAGCACCCUCGAAACCGCCCUAACAACGAUCCUCCAAACGCUCUACACCAAGCCAACACCACCUUCCUCCCCCUCAACUCCAACCCCCACCCAAACCCCAAUCCAAAACCACAACCGAAUAACCUUCACCCCAACCCUCCCGCCAACCCGCUCAAUAACCACCCACCUCCGCCAAAUCCCAGGCGUAGCCUACACAACAGGCACAGACCUAGACGCAGACCACAAAGAGAUCCACCUCUCGCUAUCAUACAUAGCAAGCUGCACGACGCGGUACGCGGACCCGCGGGCGGAGCUCGUCGGGAUGCUCACCCACGAGCUCGUGCACUGCUACCAACACACGCGUCCACAGAACAAAGAAACCCAAACCCCUGAUCCGCCGGGGGGUCUGAUCGAGGGGAUCGCGGACUUCGUGCGGCUGAGGGCUGGACUGGCGCCCCCGCACUGGACGCGGCCCCGGGGCGCGGAAGAACGGGCUGGGAAGUGGGAUCAGGGGUAUCAGCAUACGGCGUAUUUCUUGGAUUGGUUGGAGGAGGUUCGUAUCGGGACAGGGGCGGUGGGGUUGGUGAAUGAUCGGUUGUUGAGGGUUGGGUAUGUGGGUGAGGGGGAGGGGGAGGGGGAUGAUGGUGAGGAUGAACAAGUACAAAACGGUGAUGCUGAAGGUGAGAGCUUCUGGAAGGGGUUGUUUGGCGUCGGGGUCGAGGAGUUGUGGGAGGAGUAUGGUCGGUGGUUGGACACUCCUGCAGGGAAGGUUGAUGAAGAGACGAAAACCCCAGGAAAUGGAAACUGGGAGGGUGAGAUUGUGAAUCCUUGAUGUGGACUCUCGAUGGGCACGUUUGGUUGCAGGCACUUGAGUUGGAGGGUUUCUCGUCGAUAAGGCAUCCGAUAAGAUAGCAGACAUGACUGGAGAGUAAACCUAUUGAAUCC